CAGGGGUGGACUGACAACUCAUGGGGCCCCCGGGCAAUAGGGGAUCAUGGGGCCCCUGUGUCCUUGCCCAAACUCAAAAAAGCCUAUGAAAAAGGUACCAGGGGCAUCUCAUGGGGCCCCAACUGACCCCGGGCCCUCGGGCAGUGCCCGAGUUUCCAAAUGGUCAGUCCACCCUGAACUCUAUAGAUCAGCCCAAAAUGACGGACAAAUGAGGAGGAAAGAGGGACUUUGUUCCAAAUGAGGGACAUGGACUUCUUGUUUGAUUUAAAUUUUUAUAUAUAUUUUAUUUUAUAUUU